AUGGUUCCUCCGAUAUCUGUCGCUGAUGCGUCCACCCGCAGCUCCAUUGCCGUUGCUUCGGCAUCAACCACUCCGUUAGCUGCCUCUUCGUCAAAGCAUCCCUAUUCACAAAAGUGGAGCUCAACAUCGCCUCGGGCGAGUCAUUUGCAUCCAUCAGCAUCCCAAUCAUCAUCAGCACUCGCAUCUACAUCAUCAUCGGCAUCCCCAUCAGUGUCAACCGCGUCCAGCACACAUCAGCUUUACGCAGGCACACCAUCAUCAUCAUCAUCAUCGUCGUCGUCAUCACUACCACCAUCAUCCUCAUCACUCGCUCCUCCAUCCCUAAACGCUCCUACCUUUGUCUCUCAGUCUUUGAUACAUGAUUAUCAUUGCCAGUCCCGGCCAGAGAUCCUCUCGUCAGCUAGACUCCUCGUGCCCCAAGCCGGUCGACUCUCACCGCUCGCCAACCAAAAGCGACUGGCGGCUGCACACCAAGUUUCUCCUCCUGCCUCCUCGUCUCGCAAAUCACGACUCGAUCCACACCUUCAACCUUUCGACACUGACCUUGGCGCCGCUUUUCGUCCUCCAUCGCCUUCAUCAGCGCCGCCUCUCACCAUCUCCUACCGCUGCUGUCCUGAGCUCCCCCACCUAGCCAGCUGGUCGGCUCUUCUCGAGUCGCUACCUAAACAGCCAAAACGUCUCAACCAACCCUCACUAGCAUCACAAACCCCCGAAAGCACACCCGCUCCCUCAUCCAUCUCGACCCAUCCAUCGUCCCCUCUCACAUCCGACCACCCGGAUCUUGCCGCCUCCUCUCUAACAGAAGCUACCAGCGUAGCUGCACCCGACGCAGCCUCCUCGUCCGCCGUUGGAACUCCUCAGCUUAACCCACCCAAAAUCAAUGCUUGGGGCACACCCAAGUCCUGGGCCGACACCCUCGUCCGCAAUGGCUCCAAUUCGAAAGCUCCCAUCGGUAUCAGCGUCAACGUCGGCCACGACUACGCUUCGUCCGCCUCCGACGUUGACUCCCCUUCCGUCGCACGCUCCCCCAAAGCCAUCAACGGCAAGAAAGCGGCUCGCAAGUCGGGCGCUACUCAAGCCAAGCCCACCGUCAUGAGUCUCGAACGUCUGCUUGCAGAUGCACACACUCGCUUCGACGCUCCCGUCACCCACCCUCGCGGUCUCGUCAACAAGGGAAACUUUUGCUUUGCCAACGCCAUUCUCCAGACGCUCGUCUACUGUGCACCCUUCUACAAUCUCUUCAACCUCGUCGCAAACCAAAUUUCCGCCGACUUUGGAAACGCCACCCCGCUCAUGGAGGCCGUGAUUCAGUUCUUGCGCGAGUUUCUCCCCGUCGAUUCCUCCACAUCGCUCGACGCACGCCACCCCGGACAGGACGGUUUCAUUGCUGCCGCCUCGGAACCAUUCGUCCCCGAAUUUGUCUACGAUGCCAUGCGCCUCAACAAGCGCUUCGACCAGAUGCGCCGGGGUCACCAAGAGGAUGCCGAAGAAUUUCUCGGCUUCUUCCUUGACACGCUCCACGAGGAGCUCAUCUCGGCGCAGCGUCGAUCCGCCCUCAAACUAGCACAGUCAGCCAGCGCUCCCAACGGUCUGCUUUCCAAGAUGUCGGACGACGAGAAGAAGCUCAACGGUGUAUCCGAUGACGAUCUCAAGCGGCUCGGCGUACGCGUCGGCAAGGACGCUGCCUCGGCUGAUGCUGUCGGUCUCGGUCUCGAUGCUGCGUUUGACGAGGACGACAUUGUCGAAAGAGAAGUCAUGCGUCCCGUUAGCCCCUCGGAACAAGGCUGGAUGGAGGUGGGUCAGAAGGGAAAAACUGCCUACACACGCACCACCUCGACCUCCGAGUCACCCAUCACACGCAUCUUUGGUGGCAAACUUCGCAGCGUCCUCAAGACUCCUGGUGCCAAGGACAGCGUCACACUCGAGCCGUAUCAGCCGCUGCAGCUCGACAUCCAGCCUGCACACGUACAGUCGAUUGAAGAUGCGCUUCUCCAUCUCACCGAGCCCGAGACCAUCCCAGGAGUGUGGUCGCCUUCGCGCUCUGCCCAGGUGGAUGCUACCAAGCAGGUCUUUAUCGAGUCGCUUCCGCCUGUCCUUGUUCUUCACCUCAAGCGAUUCAUCUACGACGAGAUUGGAGGCGUACAAAAGAGUCAGAAGCCGCUUUCCUACGGAAGCACGCUCGAGAUUGCCCCCGAUGUGCUCAGCCCCGCGAUGCGCUCGCAGCCUCGGCCACGGUACCGCCUGUUUGGUAUCGUCUACCACCACGGUCGACACGCUUCGGGCGGUCACUACACGGUGGAUGUGCUGCGACAGGAUGGGCUCUCGUGGUUGCAUAUCGACGACACCUUGUUCUACAACGUGGCUACUGAGCACGUGGUGCGCAACGCAGCCUCGACCAGCAAAGAUCAUGCUCAUGAUGGUCUCGCCUAUCUGCUUUUCUACCGGCGUGAGCUGGCUGGCGAGGCAGAAGCAGCAUCGGCACCAGCGCCUGCACCGGCGGCUGCACAGCCAAACGCGGUGUGCGACUCGACGAAAUACGCGCUCCCCGAUGCGCUGUUCGGCAACCGCGCUCCUCUUGCCACCCGCACACCUGCACGCAAGCCUGCACCGGCUAAGCGCACACUGCACAACUCGGUGCAAGGCGCAAAUGCCAACCCAGGUUCCGCAGCUUCGCCCGUCCAACCUCAUCCCAAGCUCGGCGCAUCUGCACCGCAGUGCAAGCCCGCCAGAAAGGCUGUGCCGGGCUGGGACCGUUGA